CGGGCGGCGCGCGGCGCUGCCGCCAUGGCAACGGGAGGGGCGGGCGCGGCGGAGCGGCUCGGGGCGCCGUCGCGAUAGGAGCGAGGCUGCCGGGUUGGCGCUGGUCGCGCGCCGAGGCCUCCCGUCGUGGCUAUCGCGACAGCAGGUGGGCCAAUGGAGGCGGACGGAGCCGUGGAUAUGGGUGCGCUGCGGGCGGAGCUGCGGGCGGCGCUGGAGGCCGACGAGAGGCGCGAGAGGGAGAACAGCGCCAAGCUGCGCGCCGUGCGGCAGCGCGUGGAAUCCUACGAGCAGUUCAGGGACAUCGUGCUGGCGUCACACCUGAGGCCUCUAGAGAAGAAGGACAAGAUGGGGAACAAGAGAAACGUGCUGUGGAACCCCUGUGCAGGCCACCCGAGGGGCCAGCAAGCCACUGAGGUGGAGAUACCACAGGAGCUGGAGCAAUUGCCUGGAACCUCUGCCGAAUUUUACAGAGAUUGGCGCAGGUGCUUAAAAAGUGGAAAAGAAAAAUACCAGCUUUUGCUUAAACUGGAGGGGAAGGCCUUGAGCAGAAUCUUUCAGGCCGAGUUGGGUUUUGGCCUCCUGGGUGAGUUCCUUACCGUGCUGGCACAGAACGUCUGCCACGAAGACAGAGAUGCUGUGCUUCAGAUCUUACAGAGCCUUUCCAGCACCAAACGCUUUGGGUUAAACCUGGAUCUUCUGAGCACGUCAGAAAAAGAGAGCACCAGGGAUCUGUUUAGGAAGCUGCAGAGCAUGAGUGGGGGUUAUUGGACCCCUGGCCGUCCCUGUGGCGAAGCAGAGGGAGAAGCCCACCCCACCGACACCGACUUGCAGAAGGAAGCGGAGGAAAGGAGAGUCACAGAGCUGAUGAGGUGCUACCAGGCCAGCUGAGGGAGCAGCAGUGGUUCUGCCAAAUAAAGGUUAGCAAAGACUUUGUGUUCUUGUGAUCUCUGUGUCCUCACAGGACAGUUCUGUAAGAAUCUCUUAGGUGAGGAGAAUAAAUGAAGGAAAGAACAUUUAGGCUGACGUGUACGGAGGAGAAACCAAAACCCAGGUAGUUCCUCCCCUUCUUCAUCUCUGUCCAUUGUCACUCUGGAUUUAAGAAAUGUAAUCCAGGACAUUUGAUGCUUAACCACGCAGCCAGGGCUGGUGAGGGUGGGGAUGCAGUGCAAGGCAGAAAUUCUGGGACUGACCCAUUUUAAGCUUUUUUACUUGGUGUAAACCUCAGAGAUGCUGUCACCCCAUGGUCCUGGACCAAGGUUUGCCUAAAUUCUACAUAAAUUGAAAUUUAGAAGGAACUGUCAGGCAGCAUUGUAACAGGGGGACUCUCCAAUGCUGUGUGUUAUCAUGUCUGGAUUGAUUAGCCAUUCUGUUUAGGCUGCAGACUUCAGAAAGGCUCUCAUAUGGUACAGCUCAGCACCUGCCCACCACACUCUCCUGCAGGUCUAGUGUGGGAAGAUCUCCCAGGAGUGCUGGAGAGCACAGGCUGUACUGCACUGCUCAGAUUCCCUUGAAUUCAGCUCAGAAUCAACUACCGAGUCCAUUUUGUUCAAAAGCCCAGCUAGAGGAGCAAAAGGCAGAGUCAGCCCUGCCUGGCUAUAUCUCACCCUCUCCCACCUUCUCUGGGCCCCCAAUUUCAGGCUUCUCUUGGCACGUGUCUUGGUUUUGUGGCAUGUAUCUUGGGGACGUGUGUGUCCCUGCAGUCUUUUUGCCUUUGUGCAGCCAGGAAGCUAACAGAAAGCCUUUUGUCUUAAACAAAAAGGGAAGAUCCUGGGGGCUCCCAGAAUCAGAGCUGGGGAUACUGAUACAUCAGGGAGGAUAUGAAA